CAAGUCUGUUGGCGUGACAGUUGGAACGCCGACUGGACCCAGGAGGGGUAUCUCCCUUUGUUUCCCCCUUCUCCUCCCCUUAUGGACAGAAGAAGGCUGAGAGGGCCAGAGUAGCAGAAAAGGAUGGACUCUCCAUUGCACCAUGCAAGGUGGCAGCGGUUGGUCGCCCCUUCCCCUGUACAUCGCCCCCCACCUUCUCCUCACGAUGGGGGUCAUGCUGAAUGCUCUCAUGGCCUUGACCCAAGGUAACUGACAUCCAUUUUACAAUGGAUCGGCCAAUGUUAUCCAGGUCUGGGUACCGGGACUCCCCAGGGGGCGGGACCAACCGGCCAAUGAGCAUCGCUUAGGUCCACCCCUUGGUGGUUCUCAUGCCUAGCCUUCUCACAGAGGGUACAGAAACUGGGUGAGGUGGGGGGAACCAUUACAUAUACAGUGGUACCUCUGGUUACGUACUUAAUUCAUUCCGGAGGUCUGUUCUUAACCUGAAACUGUUCUUAACCUGAAGCACCACUUUAGCUAAUGGGGCCUCAUGCUGCCACCGGAGCACGAUUUCUGUUCUCAUCCUGAAGCAAAGUUCUUAACCCGAGGUACUAUUUCUGGGUUAGCGGAGUCUGUAACCUGAAGCGUAUGCAACCCGAGGUACCACUGUAAUUAAGUCUACUGCAAAAAACAACCAAAAUAGGUCUUGUUGUGGCACCUUAAAGAUGGAUACAUUUAUUUUGGCAGGUUUUGUGGGCAAUGAAUCCUCCCAGGUGCUGGCAUAUUUUAUGCCCUUCAAUCUGACACAUUCUCAUUCUGCUGGAGCCAACUUGUGUGCCACAUCAAGUAUUUUGGGUAGAAUGUUAGGGUGGCUUACCACGCAAACGCCAUCUGAUGAAAUUCCCUCUUCCUACGCCAUUCUGAGAGGUGUAGGAAGCCUGUCCUGUGUUUGCAGCUGGCCACAUUCGCAGGGCUGGUGCAAGAGGUCCUGCUGCUUGCAGCAGAUGCAGAGUCACUGCCCCCCCCAGCACCACACAAGGACUUCCGUCUGCUUCCUGCUCCUAUUCCUAUAGAUUGUGUGGUCCUUCCAGAGUAAGGUAAGGUGGGUCAUGUGGCCCCAAAGAGCUCCAGUUCCAGACCCUCUUCCGUCAGACAAACCACCUACCAACAUCUUCAUUUUAUCAGGAUUGAACCUCACUUCAUAUUCAGACCCUACUAUUCCUCCAGUUAGCUCAGGGCAGCUUGCAUUGCAUUGUAGUGCUUGUUAUCUUCACAACAACUCUGUGAGGAAGGGUAGGCUGAGCUUUGACUGGUCCAAGGUCAUGGAGCAAGCUUUGUGUGAGUUGAGAUUUAACCCCAGGUCUCUGUGGUUCAAUCCCAUGUGCCCUAAUCAUUAAAUAAUUUUAUUUUCCCCGCAGUCGAAAAUGAAGUGGGCAAAGAACAGUAUUCUGUUACAUCAGUUAAAAAGAAUUACAUUUAUGGCAAUACCCACCAUAAAGGUAACAUUUUAUUUUUCCAUUUCUAAAAUUAAGACGGUGCAUGGAAUACAGUGUCUGUAUUGUUGUUGUUUACCAAUGAAAGGAGCAGAGAUAAUUCUUAGAAGUUCAACAGGAGCAUCGUAUCCUGUUUGUGUCACUUUAUUGAAAGAGGUCUAAACCACUGAGCCUCUUGGGCUUGUCGAUCGGAAGGUCGGCGGUUUGAAUCCCCACAAUGGGGUGAGCAGUUCGAAAGCACACCAGUGCAAAUAGAUAAAUAGGUACCGUCGUGGCAGUAAGGUGAACAGUGUUUCCGUGUGCUCUGGCUUCCGUCGCAGUGUUCCAUUGCGCCAGAAGUGGUUUAGUCAUGCUGGCCACAUGACCCAGAAAGCUGUCUGUGGACAAACGCCAGCUCCCUCAACCUGAAAGCGAGAUGAGCGCCACAACCCCAUAGUCGCCUUUGACUGGACUUAACUGUCCAGGGCAGUGCCAGAUUUAUGUAUAGGCUAAGUAGGCUGAAGCCUAGGGCCUCUAAAUCUAGGGGGCCUCACCAGCCUGCCCUCUCCCCAGUGCCACAGUCUCCCCUCUCCCAAAAUUGUAAACCCAAGACUUCAUGCAAGGGCAGGGCAACUCAGGCCCAGCAACUAUUAGCCUCACGGCUAGCCAGUGGGGCCCAAUUUGAAGCAGUGGGGCGCAACUUGAAUUUAUUUAUUUUUGUAGGGCCCCACUUCACAGCCAAAGUCUGCAAAAUCUUAUAGAUAUAAAUAAAAUCCACCUAGAUUCCCCUGGUGCAGGGGCCCCCUUAGGAGCGGCCCGUAGUGCCCAAUUUGGCCCAAUUGCCUUAAGGUCAGUCCUGAUGAGACCGUGCAGGGGUUGGACUGACAAGCCCUGCACCUUCUAGGUCCCUGGUGUCACCAUUCAGAGUACAGACUCAAGGACUUGUUAUGGAAAUCAGUUUUGUCACCUCUUCCCCCCCAAACCCCGAGACAAUGAGCCCAGCCACCCUUUAUUCACAGUCACAUAAGCACUACACUACAGCAUGGCCAUAAACUUGUACGUUCAACUGCUGAAAUAUACACCCAAUAUGUAACAAUGGAGAUUUAUGUUACUGCUUUAUGAAUAAACACUGUUUUAUGAACGGACUCUGUAUUUUUUGAAUUACCUAAGAGCCACCAAUAGGGAGCUCUAGAAUCUGACAGCUAACCAAUUGGGUACUACCAAAUAGCGACCCGUAUUGCUGAAAGCAGAUAACCAGCCCGGAAUGCUUCAGCUCAGCCUUUGCACUGUUGACUGAACACCCCUUGCUGGGCAGAUAAUGGAAAAAGCUCGUAAAUUGUAUCCCUUAUGGCAUCCUGGCCGACUCUAUUACACUGGUGUAAACCCUGGUGCACCAGAAGCACAGAAUAGCAGCAAAUACAUCAACAACUGAUAAGACUUGUCAACCAGUUAUUCCAAAGUCUUCCUAAAUUAUAAAGCUCCAAAAUACAGGCCAAAAGAGAGCAGGUCUGGGAAGAGUGAGGCAUACAAUGGGCACCACUAGUGAAAAGGCCCUGCCCUGUCAUUUGAUAGGGUGCCCACUUGCCCUCUUUCUUGACAUGGAAUGCUCUUUAUUGGAGUCUCCAGGCCCAGUACAAAGACCAUAAGAAGGGAGAGCAGGGACCUUGAAGUUCCCAAUAGCUGUUAAUCAAGCAAGCAAGCACACAGGUCACCUUUGUCACAGUCAGGACGCCUAUGUCCUGGCCAGGCCUGCACCUUUGUCCUCAGUAACCAAAAUUAUAUGAUCAACAUAUACAAGCAGAAAAGUUGUUUUCCUUCAUUUGCAAGGAAUCAUACAAAACAAAGUGGCACUAAUAAAGAAAAGUUCCAGGGUGGCAACAGAAAGCAAACUAAAAUGCUUUUGCCGUUCAUCAAAACUAUCCAGCAAUAUCAAGUUAUAGGAAAACUGGUGCUAGUAAGAGCAAUCCUUCUAGAUGGUUAACUGGUUCGGCAACAUCCUUGCACAUGCUAAUUAUUUCCGUCAAGUGUUAAAUGAACUAAUCAGAGGCAGCUACAGGAGAGCUAUGAGAUCCAGGUGAGGUUCAGGUGCCUUGUCAAUCCCAGCAGGUAUAUAAGAAGAUGACCCAGCCUGCGGCCUACCCAGGCUGCAGAAGGUUUAGAAAGUUCAGUUAUUGCAGAAGUUUUUCAGUAUUAAUUUUAUGCAUUUUUGUUUAUAAUAUUUUUCUAUUUUCUUCUAGUUGUGGGGGUGGGGGUGGGGAAGGGCCUCACAUGUGGAGUAGCCUAGGGCCUCUCUUCAUCUAAAUCCAGCCCUGGUCCAGGGUCCUCUACCUUUACCUUUACUUAUGCUCAGGAUAUGACCAUUUUUCAACAUCUUCUUCUUCUGCAGUGAAUGUCUAUGUCAAAGUACACAGAGACAGCCCCUUUCUAGUGUGCAUGGACCUGUCACUUUCACAAAGUGAAGUCAUAGACCCCAACUACCUAUGGAUUGGGCCAGAUGGACUGAACCUGAGACGUGAGUUACCUUUUUGGCAGAAUCAGAAAUCAUAGAAUUGUAGAGUUAGAAGGGACCACGAGGGUCAUUUAGUCCAACCCCCUGCAAUAGAAAGGAUCAAUAGGCUUUCUAGCUCAACUCCCUCCUGAAGACAGGGCUACAAACUCACCCCCUCCACAUGGAGAGAUGGAUUCACCCAUACACCAUAAUGUGCCACAACCAGAGUGCCAGAGUAGCACAGAAAUUAGGUGCUUGUCUGCUGGGAUCCAAAUAACUGUGUAACUACUUCCAUUUGCCCAAGAGGGUAUUGGGCUUGUGUUUCCUCACUUUCAGUUGCCCUGCUGCAUGGCAAAUCACUUUUGAAAUUGACAGCUGGGAAAUUAUAUGGCUUCCUAUCUCCUCUUAACCUUUUUUGCUAAGUUAAACAGGCCCAUUUAUUUUGGUAUCUGCGCUAAUAGUGUCUUCUAAUAGUGGCAGCUGCCCCAGCACAGAAAGCAAAAUUAGGAUGCCAUUUGCAUGUAUUGUAGGACCCCUCCCACCAGAUCCUUUGCAUGCCUGCAGCUGCCUUAGAGCACAGAUUCUCUAGAAUCAUGUGUGUUGCAUGUCUGUUGACCUGGCUUUACCUUUCUUUCUUUCAGGGAAAAGUUAUGUGAAUCUCACAGCUACUGGAAAGUUGAUGGUGCGCGGUUUUACAGAGCACAUGUCUGGAUCUUACACUUGCACACUUUCUUACAGAGUUUUACAGCCCGACAUGAAAGGAGAACGAGAGAUAUUCAAGACAUAUAGGUUUAUGGUGUAUGGUAAGAGAAGCAAGUCCUGUCUUGCCUGUGCCCUCCUAAGUCUUGCUCUAGGCCUUGCCUAAUUCCUUAGCUCACAAACAGGACUGAAUCAGGUACUUUGAGCCUCCAAAAAGCCCCAACAUACCGUAGAAGUUUGGAUACUCAGAAAUGUCAUCUAAUGAGCACUCAACUAGGGCUGCCAGCUUUUCAGUUAGCUCCUACUACUGUACCUUUAACAGCAGCUAAAUCCGCAGACUCCAGUAGGUACUUUAUCUCCAUUAUCUGGAAGGUGUUCCCUGUGCAUCUUUUGACAGAUCAACCUGCUAUAAAAGGCAGAAGAGCUGGCUAAGCCAACACCUCUCUCUCUCCCCCUUCCCCUCCCUCCCUCCCUCCCUCUCUCUCUCUCUCUCAUAUACACACACAGAGAGGCGGGGGGCACAGAGGCACAGAUACAGGUACAGGUUUUCUGCUGCUUCUCUUUCUCGGCAAUUAAACCGGGAUUCUGCACUAACUGCUUAUAUGUAAGUGCCCCAGAGCACCCGUUUACUACUAAUAUGCAGAAACUGAGCUGGUUCACAUCUCAUACUAAUCCACAGUUUUAAUUAUUUGUUAUUAUUUAUUAAAUUUGUAUACUGCCCUAUACCUGCAGGUCUCAGGGCGCUUCACAGUUUUAAUGCAAGGCACAUGAGUUGGAACAAACCUGAGCAAGCCUUGAGCUUGCAUGCUCCUCUAAUGUCUCUCCCCAUCCAGCUUCCCAGAUGACCCAGUCCUGGAGCCAUGGUUCUGAGUAACUAUAGUGAACUUAAACAAGCCAACCACCCAAGCCAUGGUUUGAAGCUGGCUUGUUAAUGCUAACCGCAGUACGUCAGUCGAGAAAAGGCCAUGGUUAACUUAAACCUGAAGCUUUAAACUCCUCCUGGCUGUGCAAGAGAAGAGGAAAGGGUUAGCACAUGAAUGCUCAUUCUAGCUCAUGCACAUUAUACUAAACUACGGUUCUGCUAACAUGACCGUUGUUCGUGGAUUUUGUCCCAGGUGCCCUGCUUCUUCCCUGACUUUUAGUGGCCAAGGAAAGAAACUUUAAGUGAGAAAGAGAAACAGCAGCAGCAUUACUGGUGUGGCUUACCUGGUGUCAGAUUGUAGCCAAUUCAUAGAUCACAACCCAAAUACAUUGACCGAGGCCUGAAAACAAUAGAUCAAUUUACACCAUAAGCCUGAGAGAAAAGAGCUUGGGUCUUUUAUUUUAUGUACAAAUCGUAGUUGCGGUAGGUGCUUUAUAAAUAGAUAAAUAUGGUUAGCAACAACAGCAGAUGAUAGUGCAUACCAUUUAGAGUCACACACAUUUCUCCUCUCACCCCCAUCUUUUAAAGCGUAUCGGGAACCAGAUUACACGUAUCGAAUGGCUGUUCACUUUACGACCAAAGAGUGUCGUCUAACAACAAAUCAUCAAUUCUUUCAAGAGCUAAAUAAGAUCUUGAACAAUCUGAUUUCCCACCUGACGUGUCGUAUCCGCGAGACGUCCUACAGAUGCUUUUCUGUCAAGCGACCAAAACAUGGGCUAGAAGACGAGCUGUUCAUUGUUUUUCAAGGUAACAGAAGAGGGGUGGUUCUGUUUUGUCACCAUGGCCUUUGGCCAACGGGAAACAAUGGUGGGAUGAUCCACAUAGAGCUAGAUACUUAGAGAGGAUCUCUAAAGAGCCGUCAGAGGGACAUUCUAUCUCCAAUCUUAGCACCAAACACCACAGCAUUGAAAUAGGCCCUCUGCCUGUUCUUUAGGAAUAAAAGGGGGAAAUGCUGCCUUUUACUCUUAAACAGCAGGCAGAGGAUUUAUUUCCAAUCUUAGUGUUAUGUUCGUUUGGUGCUAAGAUCAGAGAUAAAAGAUCCCCCUGACUGGCCUUUAGAGAGGUUCCCUAAAGGGCAUUUUAUCUCUUAUCAGAAGAGAAAGGGCCCUGUCUUUCUGACAGUGCACAAGCUUCCUGAAUGGUCUCUUGCAUACCUCCACUGAACUUCCUUGCAAUAUGCAGCCACCAGAGAGGGUUGGGUCUUGGUUCACAUGGGCUCACACGGGGCAAAGUGAAGGCCCAAACGACAUCAUGAGAGCUGCCUGCAGCACAGAACAUGCCCCAGAAUUUGCUGCAAGGCCCUGGGGUUUAAUGGCAGAGAAAUCAAUGGCAAAAGUCUUCUCACAAGAUAGAAAGUUUGAAAGCCACUGCCAUAGGCCAGGCCUUCUGUCGCUGUCCAUGGUACUUGGUUAUAGUAUAACUGAAGCCACAUUCCUUCUUCCUCUGUUGCUUGCUUCACCCAUCACUUUAAGAGCUUAGGGUUUGGGGUUUAUUCCCUCCCCCCGCUUCCUGGCCCAAAGAUGGAACUAUAAGACAGGUUAUGUGUCUCCUGGAUUGUCCGUCCUUUUCUAAUAACACUCCUGAACAAGGCAGAGCUAGUAUAGCUUUAAAGAAGGCAGCCUUUGCAGCUGCAGUCCUAAGCAACCUUACCUGGAAGCAAAUUCCAUUCCAAUCGCCCAGGUUUAAUUGUGAGUAAAUAAGGCUUGGGAAUGAGUGUAAAAAUCCUGUCUUUGGUGAUUCUUUAGGCACAAUUAACAGAGAAAUGGAUUUUCAUCAGCAGGCAGUUGUAUUUCUUUGCCUUUUAGUGAGUCCAUUUGCCCCUGGCUGGGAACUUAUUUGUCGCAAGAUGGCCUCUGACUGUGAAGAUGUGACCAACAACCGUGUUCAAAAGGUCGGAGUUCUUUUCAAAAAAAAUUCUGAACAGGAAUAUUGAACAGUUAUACAUUCCAAAAUGCUAACGAGAUAAGUGAGUUGGGAGAGAGGGAAUAGAGGCUCAGAGCAGCCUACAAAACGUAAAAUACCUUUCCCUACUCCUUGGCAUAUAGCCUCCUGUGUACACUAACAAGUCAUAACUGGUCUCUAUUGCAGUAUCUUGGGUUCGGAUUGCUCUCAAAGUUAGGUUUUUGGGGGUGGAGAUAGGAAAGUGCCCCCUCUCCCCAACUGGCAGUGCUUGGGUCAAUAACUGUUCUGCACAUCUGCUGCUGCAGUUGUCCCUUUUUUUUUUUUUGGCUAACUGCUUUGAACGCACCCCCCCUUGUGGUUAGUCCAUUAGGGUAAAUGGGGCACUACCCCUUUAACCUCAAUCUGCCCUCUGCCAGCGCCUACCUGUCUGUCUCUUUACAUGCAUCCAGUUGAGGGGAUGGCCCUGGCUGUUGGUUUCAGCACUGCCCUGGCAGAACUCAGCAAGGAGCAGGGUGGGAACCAAACUAGAAUUACUUGGCUCUGCCUAUCUUUGGCUCUGGUUCCACCUCCUCCUGGUCUCCCUGGCCUGCCCUACCAGUAUCAAGGGACACCCUCUACCAUUAGCACAUGCACAGUAUUACAAGAAGCACGGCUGCCAUGACAGCCUACUGAACAAUGAGGCUGGCAGUGCCAACAGGAAAAGGAGGGGAUAAACACUGGCUGGAGAAAUUAAAGGGAGCAGCCAUAACCCUAAAGCCAGAGGCCAGGGUUCCUGCACCUUCGGUUUUUAUCCUGAAGUGGGAGGGUGAUUUCAGCGGAUGCCGCUCCUCAUGACAUGCACUGCAGUGGUGUGAAAACCUUCAUAUAGCCCAUUGCUAUCCUUUAAAAGUGCAGGGAGCAAGCAACUUCAAACAGCAUAGACGUUUGAACACUAGGGGGGUCUUCCGCAGACAUUUUCAAAUGUUAGUGCACAAUUUAUGGGGACUAAAAACUUGCUCCUUUAUGUAAUGAAGUGGGGAGAGAAUGGUUGACAUUGAUGCAUCCAGUCAACAUGCACGUUGUUGUGUUUUUCUGACUUAAUUGUAUGUUUUAGGCCCAAUCGCUCGUGGAAGAGUUCUUCCGUAGGCAGCAGUACAUCAUGAAACAUGAGUUUCAGAAUGCCCCUGCAAUCCAUUACGUAGACCACAGUUUACAAGUCACUCGGCUGGACAGCUGCCGGCCAGGAUUUGGGAAAAACGACAUCGCCCACAGCGACUGUGCAAAUUGCUGCGGUAUUUGUUUUAUUAUCUAUCUAUUCCCACCACCCUCACCAUCCUCCUCCAAAGUGUUUGGGAUGGCACACAUGGCUUUGGGAAGGUUGCUCCCCAUUUAUUAUCACAGCUCUGCAAGGUAGCUACUGAGGCUGAGAGAGGUUGGGCUCAGAUCACCCAGCAAUGAAUGCCCACUUGAUUUCUCCUAUUAAAUCAAGCGAUAUAAGGGCUCUUCGAGCACAGCUUUUUGAGGUUGAGAGAACACCUCCUCCGCAACCUCAAAAGCACAGAGGUGCAAUUGCUCUUUUAAGAAACAGGGAUGGGUGAAUCUGUCUAUUUUAGGUCAGUGCCACUUUGGCAAAAAACAACAACAACCCCAAUUCGUUUCUGCAGCACAUUGCCCAACCAAAAACCUCUCAAAAUACUAUUGAAAUAUUUAUCCCGAAAGUAUUUUUAUUCCUUCUGCACACAUGUAAAUACAAAUAGUGUAGCGACAUUUGGAGAAGGGUGAAGAAGAAGAAGAGAAGAAGAGUUUGGAUUUGAUAUCCCGCCUUUCACUCCCUUUAAGGAGUCUCAAAGCGGCUAACAUUCUCCUUUCCCUUCCUCCCCCCACAACAAACACUCUGUGAGGUGAGUGGGGCUGAGAGACUUCAGAGAAGUGUGACUGGCCCAAGGUCACCCAGCAGCUGCAUGUGGAGGAGCGGAGACGCGAACCCGGUUCCCCAGAUUAGGAGACUACCGCUCUUAACCACUACACCACACUGGCAGAGGUGCCAGUUUCUGAAGGGGGGGCACAUCAUGUGGUGCAUGACGUCAUGGGUGUGCCAUCCUGAUGUUGUGCUCGUGACGUCAGGAUGUUGGAGGAGCUGGGGGUGGAGCCAAACACAGUGGCUGCAUGGCUUCAAUGACUGAAGCUCCUCCUCUACCUGCCACUGUGACCGGCUAGGGCAGGCAUAGGCAAACUUGGCCCUCCAGAUGUUUGGGGACUACAACUCCCAUCAUCCCUAGCUAACUACACCAGUGGUCAGGGAUGGUGGUAAUUGUAGUCUCAAAACAUCUGGAGGGCCGAGUUUGCCUAUGCCUGGGCUAGGGGCUGCUUCCUUGCUCCUUCCCCUCUGUGGCAGCAACAGGAGGAGAAGGAAGCAGCUGCUAAAGUCAUGCUGCACUUGGCUCCACACCUGACCUCCUCCUCUACUGCUUUUGAACAUAGUGGCGGCCUGGCCGCCCCCAAAAAAUAUUGGGGUGUGUGUCCAAGAGGGCUUGGCCCCCAGGAGAUAGCACCCCUGGGUGAAAGCACCCCUAGCUGUUAUGUGUGCCUACCAUUGGACUGAGUUCUUAAUUGUACAGUGGUACCUUGGUUGUCAAAUGACUUGGCUCCUGAACAAAUCAGCUCCCGAAUGCCGCAAACCCAGAAGUAAGUGUUUUGGUUUGCAAACGUUUUUUGGAAGCCAAACUUCCGAUGCGGCUUCCGGUUGAGUGUUGGAAGCUCCUGCAGCCAAUUGGAAGCUGCGCUUUGGUUUUCGAACAGUCUUGGAAGUCGAAUGGACUCCCAGAACAGAUUAAGUUCAACAACCAAGGUACCCCUGCUAUUUGUAAUUCCCAUCCUGUGAAAAUUGCUUUGCUUCCCACUGUCACUAUUACAACAAGGAUUUGAUGUUAAAGAUAACAAAUGAGCACUGAAAGUUUGGCAGCAAAAUAGUAACAAUAAAAACAAACAAAACUGAUGAAUUUGUGGAAUAAAUGCAGUGUCGCAAGAUGCGGGAAUGGCCAUUUGACAAAUAACUUGGAAUUGUAAAUAAAUGUUUCCCUUAAUUGCAAAGGUUAGAUAAAUACUUGCAAUGCUGUUGCACUUGGUCCUUUGUGUAUAUGUUUUGUAUGUGUGUGCAUGGAGAGGUAGAUAUAUAAUCUUGAUUGUUGCAAGAAUAUCAUGACUGAUAACCCAUUAGAUAGCUUCAUUUCCCCAAUAUGACGUUUGCCCAUUUGGUUCGCAGUGGCCUGUGACCCCGGGAGCUACAGCCCAAACAAUGCAGUGGUCUGCCAGCCGUGUACAAAUAUACGGAUUAAAAACUAUGGAGCAAAAUCCUGCUAAAUAAAA